ACGUAGCGGCGAAAAAGGAUAAACCAAAAUUAUGAAGAAACCUCAAAUCUCUCUCUAAAUUACGUGCGUAUCCUUCCAAACUCCAUAAAUUUCUUCUCCUUUAAUCAAUCUCUCUCUCGAUCGAUUUCGAAUCCAAGGAGGGAGAAGAAGAAGAUGCGGCCGUUCAAAGAAGAAUUCACCUUCGGGGAGAGAUUUGAGGAGUCGAGAGAUAUCCUUUCGAAAUAUCCUGAUCGAGUACCUGUGAGUACAAAUUUUUGCUCAAUUUCGUGGAAUCCAAAGCCAGGAUCUUCAAUUUUCAAGGACGAGGUAAUUGCAGAAAGAUUUUCAAGGAGCGAUCUUCCUGAGAUGGAGAAGAGAAAAUAUUUGGUUCCUAGAGACAUGUCAGUAGGCCAGUUCAUUCACAUCCUGAGGUGUAGGCUGCAUCUUGCUUCUGGGAGAGCACUCUUUGUAUUCAUUAAUGACACUUUACCUCAAACAGCAAGUCUCAUGUACUCGAUAUACGAGUCGUACAAAGAUGAGGAUGGGUUCUUGUACAUGUGCUACAGCAGCGAGAAGACAUUCGGAUGAGCAUAAUCUGGUGGCAUUCAGUAAUCUUAAGAUAUAUGUAUAUAUAAAUGUAUAGUUCCUGUAAGAUAACCUCCUUAUCGACAUUGAAGAAGACAUUUCUUCUUAUAUACGUUAUCUCUCUGAUUUGUGUGUAGAUAUUUCUGGUAUGCGUCGAUCAAGACUUUGAUAUUCUUUAUGGUUGUGUAAACGGAGAAUUUCCUCGA